ACCGGACUUUUCUUUUCCAGUUUUGCCCCCCUGUCACAGGUAGGCAGGUGGCACUCGGGGCCUCGCCUGAGCUUACCUGGGUUAAGCCACGCCCUGACUGGGAAUCAGACGCUCGUACUAUUGGAGUUCACCUGCAGCACAAUUCACGAGAAACGAAACUCAGCCUUCGCUGCGUCAUUGCUCUCUAUCGCAGCGCUCGCUGGCAGCAACUCAAGUCCAACAGUUUCCAAGUGGACUCGCCCAGUAAAUGAUUGAUCAAAGUGGUUUGACUGCGAAGCGCCAGUGUGUUUAUCUGCACUAAUCCCCCUUCGCCAGCACCAACUCACCGACGAGUGAGUCGCAACCUGUUCCGUCCCUGAUAGAUGAAGAGGUGGAGACAUGGAGCAGGCGCUGUUUGACCACCGUGCGAAGCCCGGAGACCUGAUCGAGAUCUUCCGCGGGUCAUACGAGCACUGGGCCAUCUACGUCGGAGGAGAAGAGGUGGUUCAUUUGAUUCCUCCGCAGGAGGAGUCGGGGGCCUCGGACCUGUUCAAGUUCCUGGACAGCAGCACGGCGCAGGUGAGGCGUCAGAAGCUCCGCGAGGUGGUCGGCUUCCACCGCUUCCGCAUCAACAACCUCCGGGACGGCGAGUGCGAGCCGCGAGAGCGACGCGCCAUCGUGAGGGACGCCUGCGCGAUGGUGGGCCGCGAGCUGCCGUACUGCUUGGCGACUAGCAACUGCGAGCACUUUGUCACCGAGCUGCGCUACGGCAAGCCCAGGUCUCAGCAGGUGGAGGCGGUAGCCGUGAUGGGCGGCGUGGCCACAGCGGGAGUGGCCCUGGCCGUUCUGGGAGCCGCUCUGUUCGCCAGCUUCUCCAGCAAAGAUGACGACAACGAGAGAAGCAGACGAAGAAGAAAUCGCUGAUGACGACGACAAAGUGGCGAGAUGAACAGAAAGAUCUCACGAAGUCGCUAUAAUCAACUAAAUGAAUAAAUUAUUUCACGUGUACUCACAAAAAAAGUUGUAUUAUCGACACACAAAGACGAAUAAGAAGAUGUUCUUCAGCUUUUUUUCAGAAAUGACAUUCCUGAAAUAUAUAUACUUGUACUGCAAUAAAAGAUAAUUUAUGAGAAUUA